GGGGGAAGGGGCGGGGGCCGGCGGCGGGAGGCGGGGGCCGGGGGCGGGCGCGUCCACCUGCGCGCGCCGGGCCCCGGGCGCAUGGAGCAGCGCUGAGCCGCAGCACCGGCAGCGCCCGGCGGGCGGGGGACCCCCGCUCCAUCGCGGGCCCCGCGCCGAGUCUCCAUCGUCAUCAAAUACAACUCCUGUCAUUCUCCUCUUCCAUUCACCUACCCAAAGACCAAAUCUGGAAAUAGUAACCAAAAGAGAAGCCCACGUCACGCACAGAGCAGGGAAAGGUUGAAAUAAUUGAAGGGUUGGCCAGAUGCAGUGGGGCAUGGAGUGAACAGAAAGAGGUUAAAUUGAUGGAUGACCAACAAGAGCAGGAUUGUGCCUCAGAAGACCAAGAAACUAUCCUGAUUAAUGGGGUGAAAGAAAAUGAGUCGCACGCCCUGGAUGGUGAUGAGAGGCCCUGCAGCGCCGCCGAGGCAGCGGCGCCGUUCCCGGCGCUGAGCGCGGCUCCCAAGGAGGGCCCCGCGUGCCACCGCGCCCCUGCGGCCAAGAAGCCCUGCCUGCUGAGCCCCCCGUCCCCGCUGCGCCUCACCGAUGUCCCCGAGCACGCCUCGGACGACUCCUCCGCCCACGCCAUCUCCCUCACGUCCUGCGUGACCAAGGGCAUGAGCUCCUGGUCGCUGCCGGGCGACUGCGAGAAGGCUCCUUUCACCAUGAUGGAGCCCGGGGGGAUGUCGGCGCUGACGGGAGACUGCCUGAUGCAGCCGAGCCGGACCUGUCUGGGCUGCUUUAUUGAAUCCAAGGACGGCAUUGAUGCGGAGCCGGGAAUAAGCUUGAAAGUGGGGGAUAUAAAUAGGGAUUAUGACACCUGUUCGGUCUCUGAUAUAGGGAUUCACUGCAUGAGCACAGGAGAAACCAUGAGAUAUGGGGAUCAACUGCUUUCAGACCAGCUUUUAAGCUUCCCUAUGCAUAAAUCGAGGGCAGCGGACAAAAGAGAUGCAGAGAAAUCUGACAGUGAUUCAGAGGACCCCACUCAGAAAAAUUAUUACGAGGGAUUACUAUUAGACAAAUGCAAUGGUGAGGAACCUUUACUAACAAAUCCCAACCAGGAAUGGGGCUAUUUUGAAUCUUUCAUUAGUGAAAGUAAAAUUGAGCUGCUUGACCUCUGCUCCAAAAAUGAGCUUUCUGUAAAUCUGUUUUCUGAGGAAGACGUGGACAAUUACAUGUUCGAUGAUGACGAUUCCACCUUGGGAAGUGAUGUCUGCUCCCUAAAGAUUAGAUACGAAUCUUUCCAGGACAAUGUGCGGGAGAAGACCACCACCCUACAAGAGGAUGCCCAAUUCAACUUCUUCCCCAGCGUGUUCAGCAACUGCACCAAAAGGGACAGCAGGAGCACCCUGAAAAGGGGGCCCAGCGGUGCCACCGACCCUUCUCAAUUCAAAUCCGAGGAAGGCAUCAUCUGGGGGGAGGAGGAGGAGGACGGCGAGGAAGAGGACGGUGAGGAGGAGGAGAAAGCUGCCUUAAAUAAAUCUUGCAACAGCACAGAGAUGGUGCAGUACGUGGGCUCCAAGAGGAGCCACUUCUUGGACUCGGUGAAUUCCACAGAGGACUCCGGGGAGUUCAGCGAUGACAGCACUUGCACGGAGUCCUCCUACGACGUGCUGCGGGACAUCAAGGACUGCAGCCGGUACCUGGCCCGGGACCACUCCGGCUCCUUCAUCCAGCAGAACUACGGGCUGCGGGCAAAGAGGAAAGUGCGAUACAGCGACGACUACCUGUACGAUGUGGACUCCAUCGAGAACGAGAAGAUCCUGGACAAGAAGGAGUGGCUCCCAGAUGGGCCCAAGGAGGAGGACGACGAUGAGUGGUGCCCCAAGAAACGGCGAAAAGUCUCUCGCAAGGAGCCCCCCGUGAUCAUCAAGUACAUCAUCAUUAACAGGUUUAAAGGGGAGAAGCAUAUGCUGGUGAAGCUCAGCAAAGUGGAUGCCAACGAGACAACUGUUACUCUGAACGAGGAGCUGCUCAGCAAAUACAAGAAGCUGGCCCCACUGAAGGGCUUCUGGCAGGAGAGGCAGCAGAGCCGGCUGGAUUUGCUCAGAUCGUCUCUCUACCACAAGCAGAAUUUCUAUCUUAACGGCUCAGAUGCUUCGUUCCUCCCUCACCCACGGAAGCGAAAAUGCAAGCUAGCAAACAGGCACCGGAUUCAAAGAAUUAAAGCCAUCGAGCAAUCAGUGAACAAGCUGGGCUCUUGCUCCUCUGAUCACAAGCAGCCUUGCAGCAGUAAGGAGGACGUGGGCCUGAAAGGGCUGCCGGCAUUAGCCAUUGCCACCCCCAGCUGUGCCAACGGAUUACACGUCCACGACAUCACGGGCAUCGCCGUGAAGUGCAAACCACAGGAGCGGGAGCACAAGGGGACGGAGCGGAAAGUGCUCCGCAGAAUCAAAUUCAAAAGUGAAGCCAGGUUGAAGUGCAAGAAGAUUAAAGCUGCCACCAGUACGGCAGAGGACUCCCCAGCACUGGAAAACCAGGACUCCGCAGCGCGUCUGAAGGACGAAAACAGUCCCUGUGCUUCAGACAGCUCCCAUCUCCCAGAGUGCCACGAGGAUAAGGUUGCUAAAAAUUCUCCUUUCCUACCAUCCACCUCCUCUUCAGACAAGCCUCUGCCAUCUGCUAAUAUCACCACCAAUGUACCCCUGAUCCCUGGAGGGUAUCUGCAGACGUUGUUAGAUGCUUCAGAUCUGUCGAGCAACACCGGUAUCCCGUACUUUGCCCAGCACCCCUCCGAGCAGCAGCAGCAGCAGCAGCAGCCACUCCCCAGCAUCGUCCCGCCGGAAAAGCCCUUCCCGUCCCUGCAGCCGGCGCAGAGCUGCGUGCUCUCCCCGCCCUCCGAGUCGGAGCUGCAGCAGUCGCCCGGCCACUUGGAGAUGGAGCAGGGCAGCUUCGGCAGCAUGUGGCCGGCCAGCAAGGGCAGCGAGCGCCAGGACUUCCCCGGGGACAUGCCGGAGGCGGCCGGAAUGCCGAGCGAGUUUGCGCCGGGCACGGACGGCCUCCCCGCCUCUGGAUACACUCAAGUCAAUCUGAAUAGCGGCAAAUUGCUAUACCAAAAAAAUUACAUGCCGGAUAGCCAACAAGUGCAGUCUGAUGAUUCUUAUCAGUCAUGUCAUUUCAAUAAUGGAGAGGGGCGCUUUCAUUUCCAACGAGGUACACUCAGUACGGAUGAUGGCAGGCUCAUUAGUUUUGAUUCAGUGGGUUCAUUGUCAGUUAGUUCUAGCAAUUACAGUUCUUUAAGUUUAAAGUCUUGUGAAAAGGAUGGCGAGGAUGAUAUUAAUGAUGAUUUCUUGGCCCACUGCAGUCCCAAGCUAGUGAUCCAGCAGAGCAUAGAUGAAAUCACCCCUUUGAAGGAGUCCACGGACCUUUUAGACAUUUCCAACUUCACGCCUGAUAGGUUCCGCCAGUCGUCACUUUCGGAGAUGUCCCCUCCAGACACUCCCAACCUGUCCCCACAGAUAGCUGGCUCUGAUGCCAAGCCUCUGGGCACCCUGAAGGGCUUUCAGGAGAGCCCCCAGGCCUCCCUCAACAGUUCCGAGAAGGUCAAGUGGAACUGUGGGGUCCUGCAGACCGAGGAUCAGGCAGAUAAUGGGUUUGCUUUAAAUAAUCACCAGUUCCAGUUCCAUAUGUUCAAUGAUGAAGAUUCUGUCAGCCUUCUCGAAAAGAGUCCAUGCUUGUCAACAUUUAAUGAGCCAUCUGGUCAAAUUAGCACCAAUAGCAAAGUGUCAAAAUCGAAGAGGAAAAGUUCAUCCAGCAAGAAUGUGGGUACAAACCAAAGCUCUUCCCAGAAAGCCACCCGGAAAAAAUCACCCAAAACCAACAAAGGAACCGAUAAGCCGCAAGGGAAAAACUCUAGGCAGGCACCCAAAUCCACCAGGAAAGGGAAAAAUGCAGCAGGAGUCAACGGCGAGAAGGCUCCAGUUGUUGGUGGCAGGGUGGUCACUCAGCUGGGCACCGUGGCCACGGCCACCAAGGGCGUGGCCGAGGGCACUCAGCACUGUGGCCCGGCAGGGGUGAAGCUGGGCAAGCACAACGGGCUCUCUGGAGAGUGGGCACUGGGAAAAGACGGGGGCACGGGCUGGUCGGAAGCCAGCCUGGGCAACGCCACCAGCCUCCUGGACGACGACCAGAGGGAGUUCGAGGAACCUUCCAACAUCCUGUCCAACAUCGCGUCGGGAAUGGCCGAUGUCCAGAGGUUUAUGAUGGCCUCCAUUGAGCCCUUGUGGGGGCCCGUCAGCCACAACAGUGUUCCAGACAUAUUCCGGUCACCGGAGUCCAACAGCCUGAAACUGAAAACUCUUAAAAUUUUGGCAGGGACGUCCCAAGAGUCGAAGAAGAAGGCGAACAGUGGCUCACCAGGGGCGGCAAAGAACCACAAGUCAAACAACAAGGGCUCAAGCAAAAACAGCAAAGCUGUGACCUGCGACCCCGGUCGCCCCAACUGCUCCACCGGGUUCACCACGGACAUUCAUGCUCCCUUUUUUGAUAAAAACUAUAGUAACCUGAGCACUUUAGGCAAUAAUGGACCUACCCAUAAAAAACUCUACCGUCAUAAAUCCAGUUCGAAAUCACUGAGGGAUGAGAACUGUAAAAUCAAGCGGACGGACCGCGAACAGCCCCACAAGGACCCACCCGUGACAGCUGCUUUUGAGAAACUGAGGUAAUGCUGCACCAAACUGGCUGGAAUGCCCCUAACCUCCCUCCCACCUGCUAGGCCCGCUGUUCCUCAGUUUUUCCUUCCUGAAAGCAAAAGUUUGCAUGAGAAAAAAAAAAAAAAAAAAGACAUUCCCCUUUUACAGUUUUGGUUGGUUUUGGUUUUGGGGUUGGUUUCUUUUUUUGUUUGUUUGGUUUUUAAAAUUAUUUUUAAAUGCAUGAAAAUACUUAUGACUUGCAAGCUACCUAAAAGAAUGACCAAUUUUCUGGCUUGGCUGGGGUUAAAAAAACUAACAAGGCUACUCUUUUCUGCUGUUUGGCUUCUUCAGUUUUUAAUUACUUAUUUAUUGGGGGAAAAACAAAAACUAAAAAAAAAAAGAAAAAAAAGAUUACACGCUCUUUUUAAUGAUUUUGACAAGGAAAGACUUUUUUUUUUUUUUUGGAACAUUUUGUAAAAAAUAAACCACAAAAAAAAAAAAAAAAGAGGUUCUGCAUCCAAAAGCCAAGAUCUCAAAACUUAAAGGCUCUUUACUUUGCAAAUGAGAACUCGUUCCUAAUUGAGCUUCACGUGGCAAUUUUUGAGUGCUUUCUGGCCCCCUCUGCUGUUGUGUCUCCUAACCUGCAUCAUCUAAAGCUGCAUCUUCUCUACCCGCCCGCCUUUAGCGCGUUCGCUCAGUCGUGGUGACUCCAGACGAGCUAACUAAGAUGGCAUCAAAUGUUUGAUUUUUUCCUGCAGGGAAUCAGACUCCAUUCUUCUUAAAGCAGAAACAGCAUUUUUGGGUUUUCCUGUAUUUGAAGAAGAGACUCCCUUUUCUAGAAAGACGGUUGAUGUUUGGUUCUUUUCUUACCAUUUUUUUUUCCAGUUGUUUUUUUCUUUUUUUUCCCCCCACCGGUUCCUUUUCGAAAUCUGCCUUGUGGUCUGUUGAAAUGUAAGUGCUGAAAUGGAGAGUUUGAAAUUGUGGGAAUUUUAUUAUUUGAAAGCAAACCUAAUCUGGUAUUCUCUGUGAAAGACUGUUUUAAAAGUCAUACUGUUGUACAGUAGUUUAUGCACUAUUACCCACAACAACAAAAAAUUGUGCCAAACUAUGAACAAGUGACUGUAUUGUAUAUAUUUUUACUUCUCUAUCAACAUUGGGUUGUGAGUGUUUUCUGCAGCUAUGCCUUUUGGUUUUACUAGAAACAUUCCAGUUGUUAAGUACUAACCACCCCCCCUUUGAAAGCACCUGUAACUCACGAUGAAAAACGAUAUUGUUCACUGAUACAACUUACCAAAAGUUUUAUGGACAUGACUAGAAGUGUGCCAAAUUUACUUACCUCAUUUCAUGGAUUCACCCUGUGGUUUAAAGCUCAUAAAGGGAAGAAAAAAAAAGGAAAAAAAAAGGAAACAAAAAGGGGAAAAAAAAAAAGAAAAAAAGGAACUUUGAAACCGAUGCUGGGAAAUGGUAACGUCCUCUCUUUGAAACCAUGAGCAGAAAAACUUAAUGGUGAAAUGUUGAGUUUCAUUAUAGGAGAGAGUUGCAAUGGUGGAGGAGUUCAGAAAACCACUGACGGUAAGUUUGCCAGGAACUCAAGUGUCUGCAUCCAGAGACUACAGAACAGCUGCUUUUCAAGUGUCUGUUUUCUUAAAGCAAAACCUGUAGCUGAAGAUCAUUUGAAAUGCAAAGUUACAUUGCUAAUUCUUUGUAUCUCAGUUUUAUAUAUUUUAUAAGAACCUGGGAUAAAUUCUGAAAUAGGUAUAAAACCAGAACUAAUACAUUUCAUACAUUGAGUGCUAUUCACUUUUCCUUUGAAUAGUUUCUUAAACAUUUUCGAUGCAGAGCCUGUCAGAAGCGCUCUCCCAUCAUAGCUUUGGUGUUUCCUCCAUGUCUAACCUUGUGAUGCCAAUAUAGUUUGAACUUUCAAAAGCAGAGUCAUUAAUUUAAAACACAACUCAGAACCUUUUCUUUGAUUCAGUUCAUGAAACAAAUACAACCAGUGGAGCUAUUUGUGAUCUCACCGAUCAGGGCCGGAUCAUGACUGGACUUUGAGACAGCGUUAAGUAUUGAAUGCUAAAUGUAUUCUCAAAAGGCCUUAUUUGUAACCCUCCUCACCACACCCUCGCCCUCCACGAGAAUAAGGAACCCAACAAAGAUCUAUUUUCCUUGUGCAACAGAGAGCCUGUGCGUUUUGCUGCUGAUUUCUCAUGAAAAACCUUGAUAUGCAAGAGCCCUGGGAGCGACUGGGAGCAGAGGGAUGUGAGGCUUGGACACCUCAUGCAGUAGCAGGCGGUGAGGAAGAGGAGCCUGUCUGGCAGUGGACAGAUCACAUUGCUGAUACGGCCACAGGCGUAGACGUGGUGUCACACAGAGGGCAGGACUGGGCUCAGGUUUCCUCCCAAGUCAGUUUUUUUCCACCCACAUGCCAGACAAAGCAGCAGAAUUGGUUUAAGUUAAUUCAGCAGAAAAGCAGAGCAAUCACUGAAAAUCAAAGUGGAGAUACAGAGUGUUAGUUUAGAAUCGUGUUUUCAGCUCUUACAGAUCUUGGGGUGCAGUUCAGCUCAGCUCUGCGAUCCCAGAGAGAACAGCUCAGUAGUUGCAUUGUGUUUUAUUUAAGAGAUGAAAGGACGAACUCUGAAAAACAAAUUAGUAAUUAAAAAACCAUCCUGUAAGUUCAUUUUUUUCAAGGAAUAAAUGCUGGCAUUGCCUGGAGUGAGUUGCUCUGGAUGAGAGUGGUCCCUUGUGCCCCAUGGCAUGCAGCGUCCCACCCCAGCUCUGGCUCCAGGAGGGAGAUCCAGAAGAUGCUCAGGAUUUACUCUGGAGACAAGAGCUGUGGUAGGCCUCCAUCCUUGGGCUCUGGGCUGGCUUGCAGCCACCACACUCUCCCUGCUUCCCCAGCAGCUCUCUUUUCUAUUCACAGGCUCAUCAAAUACUACAAGCUCCAACCACUGCUUGGUGUUGGCAUAUCCCAGGUUUUGAGCGUUCCCCCCACGUGCUGCAGGAGUGGGUCUGGCAGCUCCCUUCUUUUGGAUGUUCUGGCUGCUGCUCUUACAAAGACAGGUCAGGCCCAGGGCUGGGAUGUGGCACAGACCUCCUUUCUGACCCAGAACCAUCAGCUGAAAGCACAUUUCACCUGGCCUGCACUGUGCUCCUUAUGCUUAAUGUUAUGAAUAUGGGACUCAUAAUAAAACCCCUUGUACUGGACGGGAUAGCAAUACUUGCUGCAUUUGAGGAAUGUGCAAUAGGGCAUGAAGAUCAGGCAUGAAACAUCAACUGUUUUAUCCAUGAAUACCCAGCUGGCUGUUUCAGAACGGUGUUAAUCACAAAUUCCAGCUGCCUUGUUGCUCUCCUUCAGUCCUUUUACCAUUCCAGUUGCUGACAGUUUUGGUGGUCAUCCCAUGUCCUCCAAAAGUCUCUGGUGGGGAGAUGUUAAAGAGCCUGGGUCCCUCAUAUGUGGCACUGGCUCUUCCCGGUGUCUGAAAAGGUCAUCGCUCUGCUGCUUGACCCCAAAAUUUAGAAAUUGCCUUGAGCCAACCAUUUGCCCUCCUCCCUUUUGAUCUUUAUAGAACAUUUGGGUGGGAAGGGACCUUUGAAGGCCAUCUAGUCCAACUCCCCUGCAAAAAGCAGGGACAUUUACUAGACCCGGUUGCUCAGAGCCUGACUUGACCUUGAAUGUUUCCAGGGAGGGGACAGCCACCACCUCUCUGGGCAACCUGAGCCAGCGUUUCACCACACUCAUAAAAUAUUUUUUUCUCAAGUCCUUGUCGGCAAGGCUGUUCCAAAUCCCUUCAUUCCCAGCCUGUGGAUCCCAGGGAUUUCCCCAUCCCAGGUGCAGCACAUGGCAUUUGACCUUGUUGAACCUUAUGAGGUUCCCCUGGGCCCACUUCUUGAGCUUGUCCCUGUCCCUGUGGAUGUCACUCUGUCCCUCAGGCACGUUAACCUCACCACUCAGUUCAGUGUCAUCUGCAAACCUGCUGAGGGGACUCGAUCCCAGUGUCUGCAUCAUUGGUGAAGAGACUCCACAUUGCUGGUCCCAGGACAGACCCCUGAGGGACAGCACUCACCACUGAUGUUCUCCUGGACAGUGAGCUGUUGACACUGCCCUCUGGAUGUGACUGUCCAACCAGUUCCUCAUCUGCUGAACACUCCAUGUUUCAAAUCCAUCUCUUCAGCUUAGAAAGGUGUUGUGGGGGACUGUGUGAAAGGCUUUACAGAAGUCCAGACAAAUGACACCUGGAGCCCUUCUCUUGUCCUCACUCCAUCCUAGAAGGCCACUGGGCUGGCCAGGCAGGACUUGGCCUUGGUGAAGGCUGGCUGUCCUGAGUCACCUUCCUGCCCUCCAUAAGCCCCAGCAGAGUUUCAGGAGGGUCUGGUCCAUGGAGUCCCCAGGCACAGAGGGGAGGCUGACAGGGCAGUGGUUCAAUGGUUUAGUUUUCCCAGUCAUCCAAGACUUCACCUGACUGCCAGGACUUUUCAGAUACUGUGGAGAGUGACUUGGCAACUUCAUCAGCCAAUUCCCUCUGGGCUCUCGGAUUUUCCUCAUUCAGAUUCCUCAGAUGGUCACAAACUUGAUUUUCUCUUACAGUGGGAGGGACUUUGCUCCUCCAGUCCCUGUCCUGUGGUUCCACCGCUCAUGGGAGAUGGAAAGAGAGGUUUCCUUAACCUUCUCAUCCAUAGUUACCAGUCUGCCAGUUAUGUCACACCUGCUUUGACCUUUCCUUUUCAUGCUGACACACCUGGAGAAGCCCUUGUUAUUCUUCAUGUCUCUUGCCACAUUCAGCUCCAUCUGCACCUUGCUUUCCUCACCCUGUCCCUGAGCAACCUGACAGUAUCCCAGUACUCUUCCAGGAUAUCUGUCCCUGCUGCUGCUGCCUGUGCAUCUCCUCUUCCCCUUCAGCCUGACCAGCAGGUCCCAACUCAGCCAUGCCAGUCUCUUGCCUUCCUUGCCUGAUUUCAUACACCUGGGGAUUGAGAGUUCUUGCUUUCUAUGAAAAGCAUCCUGAAAGAUCUGCCAGCUCUGUUGUGCUCCCUCAUCCCCAAGAGCAGUUUCCCAGGGGAUCCUACUGAUCAACUUGAGGAGCUAGCACUUUACUUUCCUAGGAUUCAUCUCCACCUGCCUAUCACUACCUCAAGGUUUCACUUCCCACCUUUGCCUCAUCCCUCACCAUACAAGCUUUUGUUCUCCAAUUGCAUUUUUGUUUUUCAUGGCACUGCUCACAGCUGUGGGAGGACAGGGAUGUGGGUCCCACCUAUCCCUGCCUGCCACCCACACCCCUAGGGCUCCCUGCCCUUCUUGUGCUGGCUCCCACCUUGGCCCAUCCUCUUGCAGUCUCAGUACAACUUCCAUCCUCCUCCUGCAUCUCCUCGUUGGGCUCCAGGAGCUCUCUUGGCUCUUGGGAGCGAUGAAGCCAAGCCACACAAAAGAUGUUUAUUCUGCAGCAUUCCUUAAAAUGUCUUUUCUGCUUCAUCUCUUUUCACUCCUCCUCUGGGGCAGGAUGGGAGGACGGUGCCAGCAGUGCUGCUGAGCCGUGGUGUCACCAUGGUCUGGGUGACUUAGAAUUGGCACUGGCAUUAAAAAGCAGGGACCAGGCACUUCCAAAGGUGAUAAAAUCCAUCUGAGAAGAGAAUUCCACAGGACAAGGUGGUAAUCACUGUUCUGCCAUAGGAGCAUGGGUCUCCCAUGGCACAGGAAUAGGAGAGAUGUCCUGCAGAAAGGAAUCCUGCAGCAGGAGCCAACCCAGCCCACGGCCAUCGAUUGCAUUUAGAGGUUUUGUAAAUAGAAAAAUAUCAGUGAUGGGGAUCCAAUAAAAACCUUCUGGGUUUUUAUUACAAAAUACAUCUUAACAGGUUUACAUCUUGCUUUUCUUUUUUUUUUCUUUUUUUCUUUUUUUUUUUUGAGCACAGGAGGAUGGAUUUUUUUUUAAAAAAAACAUCUUGAGAAUAAUGACUUGUGAACCAGAGGUAGCCAGGCAUUUUGGGAGGAGGAGGAAGAGGAGCAAGAGGAGGGCAGGGGCAGCCACAGGACUGUCCUUGCCAUGCUGUGCUGUCUUUCUGAGGCUGGGUCGGCUUGGAGAGGAGAAGCCAAGGCUGGCUGGUGAUUGCUUGGAGAAACCAUUGCUGCACUGUUUGCUCUUUUAAAAAAUCAGGAUUGCUGUUAAUUUUUCAGCACUAUGGGCCAAACAAGCCAGGAACCAAAAUAAAGAUGUUUUAAGCAUUGUCAUCCUUUAGCUGCUGGACCAUGUUCUUUCUCUAAGCUCCCGAUCUAGCAAAGCACUAAGGUGGGAGCUCACUCCUGGGGCUCCUGUGCCCCAAGUGCUUUCCCAGCCAGUGAUGUCAAGUCCCAAGAGAAACUCCCCUGAAGUCAGUGUAAGUGGGAAGAGGAUCAGGAGCGUGGACUUGGGUUGGUGCAGGAUCAGGCCCUCGGUCUUUGCUUUCUCAACUGUGUGUUGGACUUUGCCUGUGCAGCUCCCAGGGUGUCCAGUGGAGGUUGCAUGGUUCAAACUGCUGACAUCUAUUGGAGAAUGUGCCUCUUUAUCUCUUCAGCAUGUGAAAUAAUGCAAAAAAAAAAAGAAAAAAAAAAGAAAAUAAACCAAGUACAAUGUCUGUGGUAGAAGCAAGGCUUUUCAAAUCUGUUUCUCAGGUAAACAAGUGACACUAAUGACAGUGGAGUAACAGCCAUCUAAGGGAAUUGGGAUCUGAAGCAGGAGGAUUCCCUCCAUCUCGCAGGACGCUUGGGUUGCCAGACACGUUUACUGAGCCUUUAAACACUUGGUGCAAAAGCAAACAAGAAAUAAAAUCGGUCUUUUCACUACCCUUCACUAGCUAGACAGACAGACAGACAGACGUCCAUUUCUAAAGCACAAAGGGAAGACUUAAACCUAGACUAAACCACACACACACACAAAACCAAGGUACCAGUGAAACUCCUUUUGUCUCUUACCCCCGGUGGGAAGCAGGGUAGAAAUCCAAGGAGCUGCUCUGUUCCGCUGCCCCGGCGCCGGCCGGGCGCUUCGACUGCUGCCUCCAGAGAUGUGAAUGUACUGCUCCUUGAGUUCCCUUCCAUAGAACUAGAGGCACCUCGCUAGGAAGUUGCUCCUGUUUUAUGGUGCUAAAGAAAACUUUUAUUCCCCCCCUUGAGCAUUUAAGAACUAUUAAAUGGCCCUUUUUAUGAAUGUAACAUAUCCAUUUCUGUUCCACAUUUUACACUGCAAUUUUAACAUGUUUGGAAAUGAUUUGCCUUUUUUCUUUUAGAAUAAGCUUUAUAAAUAUUCUGUAGAGUCAAUUGAAGUAUAAUUCUUAAGGAUCACUCUAAGACGCCUACAAAAUCUUGUAUAUUUUUAAGUGUGCCAAUUUGUAAAAUAUUUUGUAAGUGUAUAUUUUUCUUAGAAAAGUGCUGUGAAGUGUUUGUAUGUGUGAGGUUUCCCUUUUUUUGCACCUUCGGGUGUUAAUAAAAGGAUGUAUACUUAAGAGUUUCUGGUUUUAAAAACCAAAAUACAAAGAAAAAAAUUAAACUUUUGUUGGGAAUUUUGUAAUAAAAAGAAAUGUUGUGAAAGAGUGUAGUGAUAUUGUGUAAAGGAAACUGGAAAAUUUGUGAGCGCUUUGCUGUUUUAUAGAUCCUCUUGUAAAUUAUUCUUGUAAUAUUUUGGGUUUUGUUGUUCUUGUUGCAAAGGUUUUAAAUAUUUGUGACUGACUCUGUAUGGUGGAAACGUCAUAUUGUUAACUUGCUGAGUUUUGUUAUAUUGUUUAUGGAAUAAAUAAAAAAAUUUAAAAUCUCAUUUUAA